ACAGGAUUCCUGUGCUACAAGAAGGAAGACUGCCUGUGGUAGGAAUUGGGAAGCAUCUGUGUGGGGUCGCAACAGAUCUUGCAUUACGAUGUUUGGUUGAAACCUAUGCUGCCAGUUUUGAAGAAAGGAAUGAAGAACCUUUAGCCAAACGCAUAAAGAAUGAUAAAACAGAAAAAGAAAGUAACAUUUUGUUCAAGGAAGGAAAUGAAAAAAAUAUCCCAGAGAUGUGGACCCCUGUGGCCGGUAUUGUCAUUGCACUCUGUUGUCAUCACAGGUGUGAUUGGAGACAUUAUGUGGGCAAAGAGUAUUUCAAGGCUCUAGGCCUUGGGGCAGUGGACUUCUACUAUUUCCAGAGAAUGAGUAGUUGGGCAACAUGUGGAAUGAGAAGGACAUCUUUGGAAGCCUCAGAUAUUACUACAAAGAGAAAAGAUGAUCAGAAUUCCGACAAUGACGAGCAUGAUGAUGGGGGAGAUAGACUCACAGAUGGCAGCACUGAUGGUGUGCCUGGGAUUCUUACUGCUGAAGAGAAAAAGAAUAUAGGACAUCUUUGCAAAUUGCUGAUUGACCAAGGCCGACUCCAGUAUUUACAACAGAAAGGCUUCAGUCCUGCUUUACAAUACUAUACAGACCCAUCGGUAUCUCUGGAAAACGUGUUACUAACUGCUGUACCAGCUCAUCUGUCAUCGCAGGAAGCAACUCAUUAAUGGAAAAGAAACUGAACAUCAGUUACCUUCUGCAAACAAAAAUAUUUCAUUCUUUUUAAGUUAUGCUUUUAUAUUCACAAAAAUAUAGAUAGCGAGUUUUUUGUUUUGUUUGUUUUUACUUCCAAAGUCCAAACAGAGAAUUCACCAUGUCCUCCAAGUAUUCCUUUCAGCAGGGCUCUUAGAAUUACUUUAUC